CUGAACUGCUGUAACAUUGGAGCGAGUGGGAGAGAAAAGGAGCUUGUGUGAGAGGGAGGAAGGACAGCGAGUGCGCAAACAGGCAAGCUGGCACAUCAUCAUCAUCAUCAUCAUCAGCGGCAGCAGCAGCAGCAGCAGCAGCAGCAGCAGCGGCAUCAUCCCGAUCCCGGUCUCCCGUGUCUUCAGCUGUCAGUCCUCUGUCUCUGAUUGAGAUCUCACUGCCGGGGCUGAAGUGUGCAGAAGCCCCCCCCCCCCCCCCCCCCACCGCCGAACCAUCGCCGCCCUUCCACACACUUUCUACGGAGCUCGGUUAUUCUUAGCUCAGUUGAAGGGGACGGUCCUUCCGGUCCUUCUCUUAUUUAACCCAGUUUCUUGAAUAUUUAAUGGAAAAUGGCGAUCUGCGCGCCAUCGUACGGUAUUUUCUGCCUCUUCGCGGUCCAAACUGUACUUAUCGUGUGCGUGUCCACGCCGACGGACGGGACCCACCUCUUCCCUCAGCACUACACAAUGAUUCACUGGGCUGGACGCAUCGAGAAGGAGCUGGAUAAGGUUCUGCAGCACGUCACCGGGACUAAUCAGAUGAGAUCGAUUUAUAAUGAGAAGAAGAGCCAGUUUGAAAUCAAGAGGAACAGCCCAAAGGACUUGGUGGAGAGGGUUGCGCGGGACAUCUCCAAGCUGCUCAACAGUAAGAGGAAAGCCCUGGAGAAACUGGCCAGGGAAGCGGAGCAGCUUCAGAAGGAGCACGAAUGGCAAGACGGUGUGACGGAGAAUGCCAUUUCAUACUACGAUUCCAAAGCGGAUUCAGUCUAUACGGAGGACGGGGAAGAGGAGAACCCGCUGGAGAGCGCGACGUCUUUGGAGCUGGAGUUUGUGGACGAUCCCAAUUUUAAAAACAAGGUCAACUACUCUUCCAGUGCGGUCCAGAUCCCUACAGACAUUUACAAAGGCUCCCCCGUCAUACUCAACGAGUUGAACUGGACCCAGGCGCUGGAGAGGGUCUUCAUCGAAAACCGCAAGGAGGACAGCUCCCUGCGCUGGCAGGUGUUUGGCAGCGCCACGGGAGUCACUCGAUAUUACCCAGCCACUCCGUGGAAGGCUCCCAACAAGAUUGACCUGUACGACGUGCGCAGGAGACCUUGGUAUAUCCAGGGUGCAUCGUCUCCAAAGGACAUGGUCAUCAUUGUGGAUGUGAGUGGAAGUGUCAGCGGACUCACCCUGAAGCUGAUGAAAACCUCUGUACUCAAGAUGCUGGAAACUCUGUCAGACGACGACUACGUGAACGUGGCCAGGUUCAACGAGAAGGCCGACGCCGUCGUCCCGUGCUUCAGGACUUUGGUCCAAGCCAACGUCCGGAACAAGAAGAUCUUCAAAGAGGCCGUCACGCACAUGCAAGCCAAAGGAACCACAGAUUAUAAGUCUGGCUUCACGUUCGCCUUUGAACAGCUUCUCAAUGAGAGCAGCGCCCCGAGGGCCAACUGCAAUAAGAUGAUAAUGAUGUUUACAGAUGGCGGGGAGGAUCGUGCACAGGACAUCUUUGAGAAGUACAACUGGCCCAACAAAACGGUCCGUGUCUUCACCUUCUCGGUUGGGCAGCAUAAUUAUGACGUGACCCCUUUGCAGUGGAUAGCUUGUGCCAAUAAAGGUUACUACUUUGAAAUCCCAUCCAUCGGAGCCAUCAGGAUCAACACCCAGGAGUACCUGGAUGUCCUGGGUCGUCCCAUGGUGCUGGCCGGGCCUAAAGCGAAGCAGGUGCAAUGGACAAACGUCUACCAGGACGCUCUGGGUUUGGGCCUCGUCAUCACUGGAACGAUGCCGGUCUUCAACCUCACCGUUGAUCCUGCAAGCUCGCAGAACCAGCUCAUCCUCGGAGUCAUGGGAGUCGAUAUCGCAAUCAACGAAAUCAAGAGGAAGACACCCACAUACAGACUGGGGGCUAAUGGCUACACCUUUGCCAUCGACCCGAAUGGCUACGUGCUGCUGCAUCCCAACCUGCAGCCCAAAAUCUUUAACUUCAAGGAGUCCGUUACUCUGGACUUUCUGGAUGCAGAGCUGGAGGACAGCAACAAAGAGGAGAUCCGUCGACAGAUGAUUGAUGGCAAACCAGGGCUGAGGAAAAUCAAGACGCUCGUUAAGUCGGUUGAUGAGAGGUACAUCGACGAGGCCAUGCGUACGUACACCUGGACGCCUGUGGAUGGCACCGACUACAGUCUAGGGCUGGUACUGCCCACGUAUAGUGAGAACCACAUCAAGGCCAACCUGAGUGACCAGAUCCUUCAGGUGCAGUUGCCAUACACCAAGGAUUUUGAAUCACUGCUGCCCAACAGUUUUGAGUCUGAAGGCCACGUGUUCAUUGCUCCCAGGGAAUACUGCAAUGAUCUCGAACUGUCCAACAACAACACUGAGUUCCUGCUCAACUUCAUUGCUCUGAUGGAGAAGGUGACACCGGACUCCAAACAAUGUGACAAUUUGCUCCUUCACAACCUGAUUCUGGACACCGGCAUCAUCCGGCAGCUCGUGGACAAAGUGUGGAAGAAUAAAGACUUGAAUACAUAUGGCUUCCUGGCGGUUUUUGCCGCAUCGGACGGAGGAGUAACCAGAGUGUUUCCCAACAAGGCUGCAGAAACCUGGGAGGAAGACCCCGAGCCGUUUAACGCCAGCUAUUACCGCCGCAGCCUCGACAACAAGGGCUACAUCUUCCGAGCGCCUUAUCGCACAGCGCGGGACGAGCUGCUGAACCCGGAGAACGACACCAUCGGGAUCCUGGUCAGCACGGCGGUGGAAUUCACAGUGGGGGGGAAGACCAUCAAACCCGCAGUGGUCGGAGUGAAACUUGACCUUGAAGCCUGGACGGAUAAAUUUAAGAUCCUUGCGAGCAACCACACGGACAACCAUCAGGGCUCCAAUACGUGUGGACCAAACAGGGGCUGUGAAAUGGAUUGUGAAGCAAACAGUGAGGAUCUCCUGUGUUAUUUAAUAGAUGACGGUGGAUUCCUGAUCAUGUCCAAUCAGAAGGACGACUGGAACAAGGUGGGCAUGUUCUUCAGUGACGUCGACCCCUACUUGAUGUACGCACUCUACAAUAACUCCUUCUACAACCGCAAGCAGUCGUUUGACUACCAGUCGGUGUGUGAACGGAUGCCCAACAGCGAAGCUGGAGCUGCUCCCCGAGGAGUGUUUGUGCCCACAGUUGCAGAUUUUGUAAACGUGGCUUGGUGGACCUCAGCAGCUGCAUGGUCCUUGUUCCAACAGUUUAUAUAUGGACUGGCUUAUCACAGCUGGUUUGUCAGAGAGGAGGUCGACGCAGAAGGAAUCGACUCCAAAGAGCGGAGUUGCGUAAUGAUUCAGACCCAGUACUACCUGAGCAACCUCAGCAGCUCCUACAACAUACUGCAAGACUGCGGCAACUGCUCCAGGCUGAUUCACGCCAAGAAGAUCAACAACACCAACUUGCUGUUUGUGGUGGCGGAGAAGAUGCCAUGCAACAGCUGUGAGAUAGAGAAGCUCUCCCAGGAGGAGGAGGAGUUCAAGGAGGAUAAUCCGUGUGAGGAUGUCACCGUGGCGCGUUACCGGAAAGGACCUUCCACCUGCUUCGACAACAACGUCUCUGAGAACACGUCCGACUGUGGACGGGGACACGCCUUCCGUCCGUCCCUCUACACCUUACUGCUCAUCCAGCUGCUCCUGCUUUAUCCAGCCGUCAGCCCCCACUGUCCCUCUGCGCUGCAUUAAUUCAACUCAACUCAUCCCCCCCCGCCACCCCCCGCUUAGCCCCCUCCCGACCUAAAAAAUCCCCACGACCCCGCCUCCCGCCUGCCCCCCUACCUGUGUAGUCAUAGGUAAUAACGGGGGACUUCACUUCCCUUCUCGGGGGGCAAAUUGGAAGCCCCGAGUGCCGCCCAGCUCGCUUCAGUUCCGUGUCCCUUAGUGACAACUGCCCCCCCCACGCCCCCCGCCCCCCGGACGCCUGCGUCUUUCGGCCCGUUGACCUUCAUCCGCGAGAGGAGUCGGGGGGGCCGCUGCACCACCCGGAUCGUCAGAGGCGACGUCGCAAAAGAGAAACCGCACUUACC